CGAGAGGCUGCUGUAACGCGCGCUGUUUGCAAAGAUAACCAGAUGUGUUUCCAAACUCACCGUUGCGUGCGUGCGUCAGGGGUUCAGUAUAGUGCUAUUUAAUGGAAAAGAGAGGUGGGGAGCAUUCACAAUCACACCUCGCUGUCAACCUCUCAGGAUCACCUGCAUUUGCGCACAGUCUUGCGCAAAAACUCUGAUCAGCACCGGAAGGUCUCAUAUCUGGUUUUUAGUCUCCCACGCGAAGCCACUUAACUGCGCGUGCCCCCGCUAUGUGGGUCAGAGAUGCCGAAUGAUCACAGAUAAAGCGGAGGAACCCCUUCGGCUCCCCGAGGAGAGGCGAGGCUGGCCGCUGUCAUGAUGCAAGGACUGGAAAACAGCACCUUCCAGUCUAACAUCCCAGCGGCUGCUGACAUCACAGUGGGCAUAUUUUACUCCCUUUUCGGUGUUUGUUCGCUCUGUGGAAACAGUAUGUUGCUGUAUGUGUCCUACAAGAAGAAGCACCUGUUAAAACCAGCCGAAUUCUUCAUUGUUAACCUGGCCAUCAGUGACCUGGGCAUGACCCUCAGCCUCUACCCCCUCGCAGUCACCUCAAGCCUCGCACACAGAUGGCUUUAUGGAAGAACAGUGUGUGUGAUCUAUGCCUUCUGUGGUGUUUUGUUCGGGAUCUGCUCUCUGACCACUCUCACUAUACUGAGCACUGUUUGCUGCCUCAAAGUCUGCUAUCCACUUCACGGUAAUAGGUUCACUUAUGAGCACGGUCGUGUGUUAAUAGUAUGCGCGUGGGCCUACGCACUCGUGUUCGCAUGCUCCCCCCUCACUCACUGGGGGCAGUAUGCUCCUGAACCCUAUGGCACAGCUUGCUGUAUUGACUGGGCCUGGUCCAAUCACGACUCAGUUGCUCGCUCCUACACCUCUGUGCUCUUCAUUGCCUGUUACCUGCUGCCAUGUGGCAUCAUCAUCGUCUCCUACACACGAAUACUGCUCACGGUCCGAGAGUCCCGCAGAGCAGUGGAGAAACACAUCUCAGUGCAUACGCGCAUGGGAAACAUCCAGGCCAUCAUUGUGAAGCUGAGUGUGGCGGUGUGUAUAGGAUUCUUCGCUGCAUGGAGUCCAUAUGCAUUAGUGUCUAUGUGGGCGGCAUUUGGUCAUUUUGAGGACAUCCCGCCCCUGGCAUUUGCCAUCCCUGCAGUUUUUGCCAAGUCCUCCACUCUUUAUAACCCUCUCAUCUACCUCUUGCUCAAACCCAACUUCCGCCACCUCCUCUGCAAGGACAUGCGCUCACUGCGAGGGGUUUGCAUGCACCACUGCCUGUGCCAUUGUUUUCCCCGCUGGAGCUACCGCCCAUCACUAGCCCUCAGUCUGCGGCCCCUGCGGCGUCCAGGCCAAUCCAUCUCAGAAUCAAUGGGGGGGCCUGUAGGUCUGUUUCGUUGCCCUUGUGAGAGUUGCAAUGACCCAUUUGAGCAGUUUAAGCGCUACCCACGCCGCUGUCCCGUCAACGUGAACACUGUGCAGUUGUCUCUGCAGAACAGCACCGAACUCAAAUUGGAGCUGGAGCCAAAACGAAAACCUAGAGUGAUAAAAGAACACAAACCAAAGAGCCAAUCAAUUGAGUGUAAAAAGUCUGUGCGGGUGAUCGUGAGAGGGCGGAAAUGUUUUGAGAUUGACAGUCUGGAGAUCACAUUGGAAACAGUGUCUGCUCAUGGCAAAGCUGGCAAAAAUGCCAAACUGUAACACCUAAGCCUAUUCAUGGGUGUGUGUCUAUACACAUAUGCUGCAUGUAUUCACCUUUAUAUAUAUAUAUAUAUGCCUCAAUUAAGACUCUGACAACAAAAGACUUUCUGAACAAGUAUUGUGUGUGUUAAUUGAUCUGUAAUGGAGUGCAAAUUAUGUUUUUUUUUUUUUUUUGUAAGAAAAGUUUUCUUAAGAACAACUGACACAGCAUUGGUGUUUUUUUUUUUUUUAACUCAUUGAAUUUUUAAAUGAAGAGUUAUUUAAAGUUUUAUUUAAAAGCAUUUAAAGUUAUUUAAAGCCCUAAGUCUUACCUGCUGAGGGAAUCAACACAUGCAUUCUCAAAGUUGCUUUAAUCAGUGUAUGUACAGCUAUUGGAGGAACCUCAUUUCAAAUCAAUUUGGGCUUUUCACACUUGAAAUUGUUAACCCUGGGUUAUUCCAAACACCUGGGUUGAUUGAAUCCUGGGUUAAUUUGCUUCAUGUUUUAUAUUGCUUAUAAUUACCUGGGGUUAACAAUUACUCCUGGGUAUUCGUACACUGUUUCAUACAGUACAUCCUAAACCCCAGGUUAAUGUUCUUAUAUGCAUAUUUGCAAUAUCAGUGUCACUGCCUUGAUGAAUGCAGCACUCGACCUGUUUACAUAACAGCAUUAGCAUUGCACAUCUUCAUAUUAAAUAUUGCAGACUUUACUAUUAUAUUUUUCCUGAAUGGUCUGAAUGACAUGCUCUCUUCUUCACACAUAUUCCUUCCAUUUAUACAAAAUACUGGCUGCAUCCAAAAGCUUAGGCAGCUUGAUGCCUUGCUGCCUUAUCAUGCAGUGACUUUGCAGGCAGAGUCAAAAACAAUCUAUAAAAAGUGGUGAGGUCAAGCAGUCCAUGACAGACAGAUGUUGUGACAGAAUUAUGUGCAUAUAUACAUCCACAUGCUUGACUAUCAUUCGUUGACCUCAAAUGGCUUAUCAUCUGAAAUAUGUAAGUAGUAAUUUUACAUGGCCGCUCAAUCUAGUGAAGCUAACAUUGAAGUUGGACGUACCUUAAUGCCUUCCUAGCUUGGAAUGUGAGGCACAUGAUUGGGUGUAGAUGCUAAGCAUAGCCGUAGCAUUCUAACACACCACCAUUUCAUAAUUUACUCAUUUGGUGGCAACAAUGAGGGGUUAACAUCACAAAAGCAUGGCUAACCCUACUCCAGAGCAGGGUUUUUUAACACCAGAAAAAAGCAGUGUUAACCCUGCUAUUAAAGUACAAGUGUCAAACAUUACUCUACUCAGGUUUAAAGCUUGGUUUAGAAUGAUGAUAACAUGGGGUUAGAUGCAACAUGAAAAGCCCUAUUUAAGUGACUAACUGAUAUACUUCAAAUUUUGAUAUAUAUGAAAUAUAUCAUAUAUUUGAAAUAUAUGAACUUUAAUUUAAAAAGUUAGUGUUAGUGCCACUGGAUGGAUGUUUUGAUGGUUACACUCAAGAAUCUGUUUCAGAACUGCUAACAGUUAAAUGAGACUUAAUUCAGACUGACGUCCAUGUUUGAAUUCAUUCACAUUAAUGUAGUUUCUUAGUUUUUACCUGCUUUUUGUUUCUGACCCCAUACAAACAUUUGGAACGACUUCCAGAUAACACUUAAAAAUAAAUGAAGAACUGCCACAUGAUAAAUAUAAACUAAAUCUAAAAAUAAAUAAAAGCAAAGUUUAAUGGAUGGUAUGAAAUAUUUAUGGUAGACUGUUAAAAUUUCUUUUGUGUGUAUCAUAUGUGAUUGCUACAAGAAUCUGGGUGCUUGCUUAGGGAAGCACUGCGCUGAUAUCCAAAAUCAUUUGAAAAUGUGAAUUAUAUAUGUGUGUUACAGUUGUAUGUGUUGGACCCCUCGAAUGAUCACCCUUGUAAAUAUUUAUAAUCUCUCUAUUACAGAGUCUUUGUACAGUUUGUAUUGUACUAUCAGCUUCAUUCAGUGGUCGAAGAAGAGUUCAUUUAAUUGACAUGGGCUCUUAAGAUGUACCAUAUGCUUUUUUAUUUAUUAAAGAUGUAUUUGGAUAUCGGUAGCUAUUUAUUUAAAUUCAUUGCAAUUGAUUAUAUGUAAUUUAUUUAUUUAUUUUUCAAGUCAAAUAUAGUUGGGGAAAGCAACCUAAGUGUAAAAGAUCUUAAUGCUCAUACUUAAUUACUUAAGUAUUUAAUUACUUAAGUUAAACCCUUUAAAUGUAGCAAAUGUUUAUGAGUGAUGUUUAUUGCAUGAUUGGAGUAUAAAAUCUUUCAACUCCUUGUUCUUGGUGCUUCUAAUGAGUUAAAACUUGGCUUUUUUUCACUAUGCUUGCAA